CGUCAAACCAACUGCCUGUCAUUUGUCAUUGACCGGCGUCCAAACAAUCCUUAAAAGUAAACAACCGAAUUCCGAAAAUCUCCAAUCAUCUGCCCCAAUAUCAGACUCUUCUCCCGUUUAGUUAAAGGAAAAUAAAGCAAAAUGUCUAUCGGUGUGCCCAUUAAAGUUCUCCAUGAGGCCGAAGGCCACAUAGUGACGUGCGAGACAAUAACCGGCGAAGUCUACAGAGGAAAACUCAUCGAAGCUGAGGAUAACAUGAAUUGCCAAUUAACUCAGAUUACUGUAACCUAUCGGGAUGGGCGGGUGGCCCAGUUGGAGAACGUCUACAUUCGCGGCUCAAAAAUCCGCUUUCUCAUACUGCCCGACAUGCUGAAGAACGCCCCCAUGUUCAAGAAGCAGACAAAAGCAGGGGUGGCAGGAAGGGGCAAGUCUGGCAUACUCAGGGCUCAAGUUGCGAGGGGCAGAGGGAGAGGCGGGCCUCCUACUCGGGGCCGAGGAGGGGCCCCGUGGCAAAAUCAGGGCCAGAUGGGCACAGGCUCUGGCGGCAGGGGCCGAUAAUCCCAAAACAUGCUGUCAGAGCAGCAGCAUCCUGUACAUUAUUAUUUGAUAAGGCCAAAAAAGCCAGUCCGAGAUCAGAAAAGCUGGAUAGGCUAAGGACCAAUGACCAGUGAUUUAGUGCUUUGAGUGGUGAACAGUUCUUCAGAUAAGUGAAGUUUUUUAUUUAUAAUUUGUUUACAAAAAACGCCAAGGGCAAUUCACCUAGACGGUUAGGUAAUUUGCGAUGUUCCAUAAAAAGUUUUGUUUAACUGUCCCUGUAUAUUCAACUCAAGCUAGUAUAAAAUAAAGUUUUCUAUCGGAAAUAA